CCCUACUCUUGAGCGCCACAGGUAGAGCCCCCUAAGGGAUACCUGGUUAGAACAAAGACGGUUUUUCUCAUUACGCAUGAUGUGUGUCAUAAAUUGUAGCCCAAUUAACCCGUGGAGCGUGACCCAAGUUUCCAUAGAAUCUGGUAAGUGAUCUGGCAGUAAAUGUGUUCUUUCAAAUAGUAAGCGACUACGUUAAGUGUGUACGUAAUAAAGAUGAGAUAACGGUCGUAGAUUCUGCCUACGUUUAAGAGGUUUGCCGCCUUGCUUUACGGACUGUCUCAACUGUCUAUGGUGCAGACGGACUGUCUCAACUGUCUAUGGUGCAGACGGACUGUCUCAACUGUCUAUGGUGCAGACGGACUGUCUCAACUGUCUAUGGUGCAGACGGACUGUCUCAACUGUCUAUGGUGCAGACGGACUAUCUCAACUGUCUAUGGUGCAGACGGACUAUUUCAACUGUCUAUGGUGCAGACGGACUAUCUCAACUGUCUAUGGUGCAGACGGACUAUCUCAACUGUCUAUGGUGCAGACGGACUAUCUCAACUGUCUAUGGUGCAGACGGACUAUCUCAACUGUCUAAUGAUGCAGUGUUCUUGGGGGAAGGCAAACAGCCCUGCAAAACUAUCUGAAUCAGAGACUGACGUGUCUUCCCACAAGGUGUGUGUGUGUGAGUGGAUGUGUUUGUGAGUGGAUGUGUGUGUGUGAGUGGAUGUGUGUGUGUGAGUGGAUGUGUGUGUUUGAGAGAGAGAGAGAAAGCAACAGGUAGAUCAUAUGUGUGCGAGUGGGGAGAACAUCGGUGUGAGAGUGGGGAGAUCAUUGGUGUGGGAAUGGGGAGAUCAUCGGUGUGAUAGUGGGGAGAGCAUCGGUGUGUGAGUGGGGAGAUCAUCGGUGUGAGAGUGGGGAGAUCAUCUGUAUGAGACUGGGGAGAUCAUUGGUGUAUUAGUGAGGAGAUCAUCGGUUUGAGAGUGAGGAGAUCAUCGGUGUUUGAGUAGGGAGAUCAUUGGUGUGUGAGUGGGGAGAUCAUCAGUGUUCGUGGGGAGAUCAUUAGUGUGUGUCGGGAGAUCAUCAGUUUUUUUGUUUCUUUUGAAUGCAUCAAUUUGUGAUGAGAGAUUCUUCCUAUGACACCAAAAGUGAUUUAUGUAUAUUUUAUAAAAUAUAUUAUUUGAUUAAUAAAGAAAAGAGAAUUUGACAAGGGCAGCUACUCUGAGAGCUCUAAGGGGACUCUUUAAGUGCCCAGGCUGACGUUCUUUUCCCGUAACAAAUCCAAUGUUACGAAAGGUACGUCACAAACGAAUAACAGGCGGAUUUUUUUUUUUUAUUGAUUUCGACCUAUUCCUGGACAAGGAUAUGAUUGACGGUUAGCGACCUGGAAUGUUCUGAGUUCAUACGAUGUAGAAUCACUGUUGCUGCACUGGAGGAGGUAUCAUGGAAAUAGUGUACUAAGUACUAAAGAGCCUACGAUACUCUACAAUGGAAACAACGCAAACACCUUAGGAACAAGGUUUGCAGUCAAAAGAAAGACAGUAAAUGCAGUCAUUGGGUUUAAACCAGUGAGUGAAGGACUGCAGUCAAAAGAGAGACAGUAAAUGCAGUCAUUGGGUUUAAACCAGUGAGUGAAGGACUACAGUCAAAAGAGAGACAGUAAAUGCAGUCAUUGGGUUUAAACCAGUGAGUGAAGGACUACAGUCAAAAGAAAGACAGUAAAUGCAGUCAUUGGGUUUAAACCAGUGAGUGAAGGACUACAGUCAAAAGAGAGACAGUAAAUGCAGUCAUUGGGUUUAAACCAGUGAGUGAAGGACUACAGUCAAAGGAGAGACGGUUAUUGGGUUUAAACUAGUGAGCGAAGGACUGAGCUGCAUAAGAAGACAAGGAAAAAUGUUUAACAUCAUGUUAAUAUCAGCACAUGCUCCAACGGAAGAUACAGAUGAAAGCAUUAAGGAAACAUUCUAUGAAACACUCAAAAAAGUAUUUGAGAAGACACCAUCAUACCAAAAUAGUUCUUGGAGAUUUCAAUGCGACAAUAGGGGAAAAAAUGCUUACAGACCAACUAUCUGAAAAGAACCCGCUUACAGACCAACUAUCUGAAAAGAACCCGCUUACAGACCAACUAUCUGAAAAGAACCCGCUUACAGACCAACUAUCUGAAAAGAACCCGCUUACAGACCAACUAUCUGAAAAGAACCCGCUUACAGACCAACUAUCUGAAAAGAACCCGCUUACAGACCAACUAUCUGAAAAGAACCCGCUUACAGACCAACUAUCUGAAAAGAACCCGCUUACAGACCAACUAUCUGAAAAGAACCCGCUUACAGACCAACUAUCUGAAAAGAACCCGCUUACAGACCAACUAUCUGAAAAGAACCCGCUUACAGACCAACUAUCUGAAAAGAACCCGCUUACAGACCAACUAUCUGAAAAGAACCCGCUUACAGACCAACUAUCUGAAAAGAACCCGCUUACAGACCGACUAUCUGAAAAGAACCCGCUUACAGACCAACUAUCUGAAAAGAACCCGCUUACAGACCAACUGUUGGAAAAGAACCCUCUUACAUACCAAUUAAUAAUUAUAAUAAAGUUUAUUUCAAAAACACGCUUCAUCCCCAAAGGCUCGAAGCGCGUUACAAAGUCAAAUAAUUUAAAAAAUUUAAAACAAACGCAACACUACAAAAACUAAUUACAAGCAUACAAUGUUAAAGUCUUUCUAGCCAUUUCAACCCUAAGCAACACAGCAAAUAUGCAUUAACUGGAAAAUAUUGAAGACAAUCAUCCCAGUAGGUGCUUGCGAAAUAGAUGUGUCUUUAACUAUCUAAAAAGAACCCGCUUACAAAUAAACUAUCUGAAAAGAAAGUCUGCACGACGAGAGCAAUGACAACGGAGCACGUCUAAUGAACUUCGCUACAGAACAAGGAUUGACAAUCAAUCGCAUCAUAGUCCAACACAAAGACAUAAAGCGACAUGGAUAUCACAAUGCAGAUAGAUUUACCACAAAUGAAAGAGAUGGCGUAGCCAAUGACAGGAUGGUAUGGCUCCGACAAUGACAGGAUGGUAUGGCUCCGACAAUGACAGGAUGGUAUGGCUCCGACAAUGACAGGAUGGUAUGGUUCCGACAAUGACAGGAUGGUAUGGCUACAACAAUGACAAGAUUAUAAGACUCCAACAAUGACAUAUUAAAUGGAGCAGUCUUUAGAGGAGCAGACUUAGACUCAGACAAUCUACUUGUGGGCGGAGCAGACAUAGACUCAGACCAUAUACUUGUGGGGAAGCAGACUUAGACUCAGAUCAUCUUCUUGUGGGGGGACAGGCUUAGACUCAGACCAUCUACUUGUGAAGGGGUGGGGCAGACGUAGACUUAGAUCAUCUACUUGUGGGGGGGAGUAGACUUAGACUCAGACCAUAUACUUGUGGGGAAGCAGACUUAGACUCAGACCAUAUACUUUUGGGGGGGAUCAGACUUAGACUCAGACCAUCUACUUGUGGGUGGAGCAGACUUAGACUCAGACCAUCUACUUGUGGGGUAGACGUAGACUCAGAUCAUAUACUUGUUGGGAGACAGGCGUAGACUUAGAUCAUAUACUUGUGGGGGGGGGCAGACGUAGACUCAGACCAUAUGCCAUUUAAAAUCAAAAUGAACAAAUAAUUUGUUAUAUCCCCCCCCCCCGCAAAAAACCAAAGAAAAUAUAAAAAUGGUACAACAGCCAGAAUAUAAGUGAGAAAGCAAAGAUUUUUUUAGCAUGUCACCAGAGGUUUCCAACUCAUCUAGAAUUAUCCAAAAAGGAAAUGACCAACAUCAAUAUUACAAUGAGCAAUUCUGUAAGCAAAUAGUUGUAAGUGUAUCAGGAAACAAAAGGAUUUAAACCUACAGGGAAAAAACAAGAUGGUAUGACGCAGAACAAGAUGGUAUCACACAGAACAGGAUGGUAUCACACAGAACAGGAUGACAUUACACAGAACAGGAUGGUAUGAUGCAGAACAGGAUGGUAUGACGCAGAACAGGAUGGUAUGACGCAGAAUGCAGAGAAUUUAUAGAAGAAAGAACAAGGCUCUGCUAAUGAUGCUGCAAAGGGAGACAAGAAGAACACGGCAAAUAUUUAAGAAGGAAAAAAGUGAGAAGUGUAAAAAAAUAUUAGAGAUAGAAGGGUUGGCAAGAGAAAGAGAUGUAAGGGUAAUGUCUCUGACGAUGAAGGAAUGUGAAGGUAAUGUAUCUGAAGAUGAAGAGAUGUGAGGGUAAUGUCUCUGACGAUGAAGAAAUGUGAAGGUAAUGUAUCUGAAGAUGAAGAGAUGUGAGGGUAAUGUCUCUGAAAAUGAAGACAUGUGAGGGUAAUGUCUCUGAAAAUGAAGACAUGUGAGGGUAAUGUAUCUGAAGAUGAAGAGAUGUGAGGGUAAUGUCUCUGAAAAUGAAGACAUGUGAGGGUAAUGUCUCUGAAAAUUAAGACAUGUGAGGGUAAUGUCUCUGAAAAUGAAGACAUGUGAGGGUAAUGUCUUUGAAAAUGAAGACAUGUGAGGGUAAUGUCUCUGAAAAUGAAGACAUGUGAGGGUAAUGUCUCUGAAAAUGAAGACAUGUGAGGGUAAUAUCUCUGAAAAUGAAGACAUGUGAGGGUAAUGUCUCUGAAAAUGAAGACAUAUGAGGGUAAUGUCUCUGAAAAUGAAGACAUGUGAGGGUAAUGUACCCCCAAAGUACUGUAUCAGAGGCGCGCCAUAGCAUGCACUACAUGGGGAGCGUGAGACGUUGUGUUGUUUUUUUUCCAUCAAGAAAUGAAGUUAAACAAUUUUAUAUCAAUUUGACGUCCUCAAACCCAAACCCUGUCACGAAAAGACAAACCUUUGUUGAUUCUCAGGUCACCCUGACCCGGUGCCAUAAACCUUUGUCAAUUCUCAGGCCACCCUGACCCGGUGCCAUAAACCUUUGUUAAUUCUCAGGUCACCCUGACCCUGUGCCGUAAAACCUUUGUCAAUUCUCAGGCCACCCUGACCCUGUGCUGUAAACCUUUGUUGAUUCUCAGGCCACCCUGGCCCUGUUCCAUAAACCUUUGUCAAUUCUCAGGCCACCCAUACCCUGUGCCGUAAACGCUUGUCAAUUCUCAGGUCACCCUGACCCUGUCCCGUAACUCGGGCAAGAAUACUAUAGGAAUAUUAUUCAAAUUAAUCAUGGCGUAAAUGACUGCAGUUUGACUUACGUCAGACUUAAUAAAAAAAAAAUAUUUCAGAAAACAGAACAAAGCUUAGAACAUUUGUACUUGUGGACGCUCGUUGCUUUACGGGGUGGGGGCGCCUUGUAUACGUCUGUGGUCUUAAGCUCCAUCAUGUCUUCGCGUCUACACUAUAAUAAAAUCUUGACGCUAAACGGGGGAUGCCUUGUGUGGUAAUAUCUAGUUACAUGUAAGCAAUUACAUACAAGAUCUGAUGUGUGGUAAUAUCUAGUUACAUGUAUGCAAAUUACAUACAAGAUCUGAUGUGUGGUAAUAUCUAGUUACAUGUAAGCAAAUUAAAUACAAAAUCUGAUGUGUGGUGAUAUCUAGUUACAUGUAUGCAAAUUAAAUACAAGAUCUGAUGUGUGGUAAUAUCUAGUUACAUGUAAGCAAAUUAAAUACAAGAUCUAAUGUGUGGUAAUAUCUAGUUACAUGUAAGCAAAUUAAAUACAAGAUCUGAUGAGUGGUAAUAUCUAGUUACAUGUAUGCAAAUUAAAUACAAUUUUCUUAUGUGUGGUAAUAUCUAGUUACAUGUAUGCAAAUUAAAUACAAGAUCUGAUGUGUGGUAAUAUCUAGUUACAUGUAUGCAAAUUAAAUACAAUUUUGUUAUGUGUGGUAAUAUCUAGUUACAUGUAUGCAAAUUAAAUACAAGAUCUGAUGUGUGGUAAUAUCUAGUUACAUGUAUGCAAAUUAAAUACAAGAUUUGGUGUGUGGUAGUAUCCUCAUUUUAUUACUCACUUUGGUUCAACCGUUUCUAUAUGAAAUUUAAGAAAAACAUUAGAAGAAGGAGACUUAAACAUUUUAGCGAACAGAAUAAAGAAAAGGGGGAAAAGCUGAACUUCAGAAAAAAUGUAGCUUUAAAAAGUGCUGGAAAGAGAAUCCAGGAAUUACAAGUUGAUCGACUGUGUGGUCGCCAGAUGAUCAAUGUUCUGUGUUGGUUCCAUGAGCUGUGAGGGUUGCAGAAAUGGCAGAUUGUUGGCAUCAAGUGGGGCGCCGGAGGGGGGGGGAGAGGGCGAGGUCUGUGUGAGUCAGGUGUAGAGACUUUGCUCGAUGGCUGCACGAGUCACUGGGUGUUGGGAUGUCAUGUCGGGAGCUGUGUACCGAGGGCUAGAACAAGUGUGAGUUGUGUUCGAACAAUGAAUAGAUGUGCUCGAAAAAAUGUGAGCUGUUUUAGAACAAAUAAUAGAUGUGCAAGAACAAAUGUGAGUUGUGUUAUAACAAUUAAAUGAUGUGCUAGAGCAAAAGUGACACAUUAUUUAAUGGGAGUUGAUUACAGCUAUAAGGUUAAACAUAUUUCUGAACUGGAUCUGAUAAAAUUUAAGAGGUACAAAAGGCGUUGCAGUGAUUGCUAGAAUCGUGUUAUAUUCUUCUCUCAAUCAAUCUUAUUUAUGAAUCAUCUAUAGAGUAUAUGUUGCGCAAUUUCUGUACAAAAAAUGUUGAUGUGAAACAUUUAAGUUGCCUUAAAGUUCAAGCUCCCGGGUGUUUCUUUAAUCAUCAUUUUUUUUUUAAUGAAACGUAAACAGAUACAUACAGAUACAAGAUACAUACAGAUACAAGAUACAUACAGAUACAAGAUAAAUGCAGAUACAAGAAACAUACAGAUACAAGAUACAUGCAGAUACAAGAAACAUACAGAUACAAGAUACAUACAGAUACAAGAAACAUACAGAUACAAGAUACAUACAGAUACAAGAUACAUACAGAUACAAGAUACAUACAGAUACAAGAUACAUACAGAUACAAGAUACAUAAAGAUACAAGAUACAUACAGAUACAAGAUAACUUUCAGAUACAAGAUAACUUUCAGAUACAAGAUAACUUUCAGAUACAAGAUAACUUUCAGAUACAAGAUAACUUUCAGAUACAAGAUAACUUUCAGAUACAAGAUAACUUUCAGAUACAAGAUAACUUUCAGAUACNUUUUUUUUUUUGUUUUUUUUUUUUUUUUUUUUUUUUUUUUUUUUUUUUUUUUUUUUUUUUUUUUGAAUUCUUCAAUCGCUUAGGUUGUAAUUUGGGUAUGACUGUAUGAUUGUAUAAUUGUAUAAUUGUAUGAUUAUAUGACUGUAUGAUUGUAUCAUUGUAUGACUGUAUGAUUGUAUGACUGUAUGAGUGUAUGACUGUAUGAUUGCUUCACAUUGCUAUCCAACUCUAUCCACUCAAAUCAUUUCUCAUACCAACACAUUCAUUGUAGCUUGGGAAUGACUGUAAUUUCAUAAUAUUGUGGUAUAUAUAUUAAAUUAUAUUAUAUAACGUGAGAUGAUUCUAUAUAUCCUAAAGUCUUUAAGAUAAAACAUUCCAGCUCAAUCUUUUUUUUUAAAGACAACAUGGUAUGGGGUACAAAAGUUUAUCUACAGAUCUCAACGAUCAAACCACGAAUGACGCAAACAUAGAAAUAAAACGCAGAAUUCUGUGAGAUGAGAUCACGACAAUCAACUUUAUUUCUAAUGAUAACUUAACACGCUCCAAAAUGGUUUCACAAUUUCACAAGUACAAGAAAAUAAUGUGUAAUAGUUUAAUAUAUUGCCUCCGUAAACACGGUAUGAGCAUAGGAUAAAAAUUAAGAAAUUCAAUGCAGUAGUUGUGUGUCUCGUGUAAGCUCAUGUACUCCCUCUUCCUGACCAAAUGGUUUUCUGACCCAAAACAAAACAUUGGGUAAAGUUGUCCUGAACUCAACAGUCUCAGCCUGAGUACAAUAGUCUCUAGCAGCCUACCCUGAGUAUAAUAGUCUCUAGCAGCCUAGCCUGACAACUGUCUCUAGCAGCCUAGCCUGAGUACAAUAUUCUCUAGCAGCCUAGCCUGACAAUAGUCUCAAGGAGCCUAGCCUGAGUACAAUUGUCUCUAGUAGCCUAGCCUGGCCACAAUAGUCUCUACGAGCCUAAACUGAGUCCAAUAGUCUCUAGGAGCCUAGCCUGAGUACACUAGUCUCUAGCAGCCUAGCCCGACAACAAUAGUCUCAAGGAGCCUAGUCUGAGCACAAUAGUCUCAAAGAGCAUAAGACCCAGAUUUUAGAAACGUUAAGACUGAUCCAGUAUGAAUACAAAAACCAGUAAACAAAAUUAUGCUAAUGCGCUUCCGGGAUCAACCACUGCCAUCCUAUGUUUUUCAACGAGCGUUGUUUACAAUACCUAAGAAAGUCUUCAAAUUAAAAAUAGACUUCUUAACUGCCGCUAAACUGUAAGCCCAAACGAGGCCAUGGCCUGGGACACAACUCUCAGGGGCGUAUAACAGAAGAAAUAAAAAAAUUCAGAAUGACUUUGAAACUAUCUUAUAUAAUUCAUGUUAUUGUUUUUAAUGACAUCCCCAUGCAUUAAGUAAAUUGAACAGCACAUUUAAGUUGUCCAUCUCUACAGUUUUCGGUGUCUUGCCUAGUCGCAAACAAGGGGCUUUUCGCUGUUCCUCUCAGACACAUACAACAUAUACCACGUAGUAAAGUAAAGCAUCAUGUCAUGUGUGUCAUGUCAGCUGGAGUAGAGAAGAAUCAUCUCAUGUGGUGUCAUAUAAGAUGGAGUAUAGCAGCAGCAUCUCAUGUGUGUCAUGUAAGAUGGAGUAGAGCAGCAUCAUUGCAUGUGGUGUCAUGUAAGAUGGAGUACAGCAGCAUCAUUUCAUGUGGUGUCAUAUAAGAUGGAGUAGAGCAGCAGCAUCUCAUGCGAUGUCAUGUAAGCUUGAGUAAAACAGCUUCAUUUCAUUCGAUGCCAUGUAAUCUUGAGUAAAACAGCUUCAUUUCAUUCGAUGCCAUGUAAUCUUGAGUAAAACAGCUUCAUUUCAUUCGAUGUCAUGUAAUCUUGAGUAAAACAGCUUCAUUUCAUUCGAUGUCAUGUAAUCUUGAGUAAAACAGCUUCAUUUCAUUCGAUGUCAUGUAAUCUUGAGUAAAACAGCUUCAUUUCAUUCGAUGUCAUGUAAUCUUGAGUAAAACAGCUUCAUUUCAUUCGAUGUCAUGUAAUCUUGAGUAAAACAGCUUCAUUUCAUUCGAUGCCAUGUAAUCUUGAGUAAAACAGCUUCAUUUCAUUCGAUGUCAUGUAAUCUUGAGUAAAACAGCUUCAUUUCAUGUGGUUUGGUGUAAGCUUGAGUAAAACAGCUUCAUUCCAUGUGGUGUCUGCUGGAGUAGAGCAGCAUCAUUUCAUGUGGUGUCAUGUAAGCUUGAGUAAAACAGCUUCAUUUCAUGUGGUGUCAUGUGAGUUUGACCCAAAUACUACACAUGAGCUAUUACCUGCUCAUCGGGGAAUUCACCGUCUGACCUCAAACACCGAUUCAAUAGACUAAUGAAGAAACCUAUUAAUAGUAAUAUCGCACAAACUAAACAUCACUCACUUGAAAACUUUUGGAAGCAAAAUACUGAUGUAAAACUAAGAGGAAGAAAAUGAAGAUACAUUCCACUCUCUUUAUCACAGAUACCUCAGAUACCGUAGACAUUUAUGUUCGAUCAGGGCAAAAAUCUUUCUCUUAAAAGUUUGACCCCAAACACACAAAACUGUUGUUUUUUUUCCCGCCUGUAAGAAUUUACCAGCCUGCUCUCCCCCCUUCACUUACUAAAUCUAAAUGAUCAUAAAUUAUUAACUUAUUAUUGUCACAACGUCACUUAAACUGUUUUUCUUAAAUGAUGGCUGAGUUCUACGCUAGAAAAAAUAUUGAAGUUUUUAUCAUUUUAAUAUGUCGUCUCGGUUACAAAUAUGAAUUAAUAUCUGUGCUGAAAAUGAAUAUGUACAAUGUAAUUUUAGAAAAAGAAACACUUCAUUUUAUUUGAAACAGUAAGUGAAUGUUAUCUGAAAAAUCCAAAGAUUUCAAUAAAAUUAUAUCAUUUCAGAUGACAAUCGUAACUCUGUUUGAGUUUCGUUUUAAUUUUAUUCACUUUUUCUUUUCGUACCGAAUGCGUCGUGUGAGUGACCAAUUUGAACUAACCAACGAUAUCAUCGUGGCAGCAAGGAUCGGACAGAGUUUAGUGAAACGUUAUGUGUUUAAACCGGUUUUAACCCUCGACCAUCGGCCGGUUUGGCUGUUCUUGCUGAGGCGCUACUGUCGACACAAUAGACGUCUAUCCAUAUUUAUAUCUAAAUGUGAUUCUAAAGUUUUAUAUUUUUAUAAGGGAUAACCCUCGUAAACUUGAUAUACUCCCCCCCCCUUUUUUCCACUUUUUUCCCUUUCUUUUGUGGUUGUGUGUGUUAUUAAUUUUUUUUUAUUUAUUGUUUUUAAUUUAAGUGAAAUAAUAAUUUAAUGUGCACUUAUUACAUAUAAAGUAGUUCAAAGAUUAUAAAGAUUGUCUUAUUUUCUCAUGGUUCAUCAAUAAACUGUUACAGAUUAAAUUGGAGAUUAUAAAUCAUAAUUUGAGAAUGGUUGUUUGGGGGGGGGGGGUUUCGCAGAAUGACGUGCUGUUGUCUGGGGCGCAGAUAUGCUUAAAUUGAACGCCCGACAGCAGCUCGACCAUGUCAGUUGUCUGCCUGUGUAAUGGAAAGUCGAAAACACAAGAAAUGUUGGCUCGGAGAUAUUGAGCAUACAACAAUCAAGACCAUCAGUACCAACAUGGGAUAAUCUGUGCCAUUCAAAGAAUAAACUGUUCUGAUACGUUGAUGAUACAUGCCAGGGGAUGUCAGUAAAAAAUUAUAAUAUGUUGAUGAUAGACUCCGAGUGAUGUUAUUAAUAAAUUGUGAUAUUUUGAUGAUACACUCCAGGUGAUGUAAAUAAUAAAUUUUGAUAUUUUGAUGAUGCUUCCCAGGUGAUGUAAAUAAUAAAUUGUGAUAUUUUGAUGAUACUUCCCAGGUGAUGUAAAUAAUAAAUUGUGAUAUUUUGAUGAUACUUCCCAGGUGAUGUAAAUAAUAAAUUGUGAUAUUUUGAUGAUACUUCCCAGGUGAUGUAAUUAAUAAAUUGUGAUAUUUUGAUGAUACUUCCCAGGUGAUGUAAAUAAUAAAUUGUGAUAUUUUGAUGAUACUUCCCAGGUGAUGUAAAUAAUAAAUUGUGAUAUUUUGAUGAUACUUCCCAGGUGAUGUAAUUAAUAAAUUGUGAUAUUUUGAUGAUACUUCCCAGGUGAUGUAAAUAAUAAAUUGUGAUAUUUUGAUGAUACUUCCCAGGUGAUGUAAAUAAUAAAUUGUGAUAUUUUGAUGAUACUUCCCAGGUGAUGUAAUUAAUAAAUUGUGAUAUUUUGAUGAUACUUCCCAGGUGAUGUAACCAAUAAAGUUCACCUGAUCCUCGUUGGGUGACCAUGACCUUGUGGUGUGGCAGUGCACGAGGUCGGGAGAGGCUCCGCUCUGAGAGUGACAGUACUGUUUACGACGAGGAGUAUAAGAUUGUUGUGGUCGGAGCCAAGGACGUGGGCAAAACAGGUGUGUGGGUGUGGGUGUGGCUGUGGAUGUGUAGAUGUAGGUGUGUGGUUGUCUGUUUUUGGCCGUUGGUGCUUGGUACAAUCUUCUUAUAGCUUGUGUUGGAACAUGUUUAUUACAUCUUGUGUGGGUGGCAGUUGGUGUUUAUUACAUCUUGUGUGGGUGGCAGUUGGUGUUUAUUACAUCUUGUGUGGGUGGCAGUUGGUGUUUAUUACAUCUUGUGUGGGUGGCAGUUGGUGUUUAUUACAUCUUGUGCGACGUAAUGUUUAUUAGAUCUUGUUUGGGUAGAUGUUAGAGAUGUCUAUUGGUAGAUAUUAGAGCUGUUUUGUGUAGGUAGAUGUUAGAGGUGUCUUGUGUAGGUAGAUGUUAAAGCUGCUUUGUGUAGGUAGAUGUUGUGUCUUCUGAAGACAGGUGUUGCAUCUUGUGUAGGUAGAUGUUAGAGCUGUCUUGUUGAAACCAUCCACUAAUCACUUUUUUACUUUUUCAGCAUAUAUGCUCGAGGGACAUUUAUUACUUGCUUAGAAAAAUCGUUGUUGGUAGUGAUAUAACUUGUUUAGCGACACCAUUGGUGGUAGUGAUAUAACUUGUUUAGUGACACCAUUGGUGGUAGUGAUAUAACUUGUUUAGCGACACCAUUGGUGGUAGUGAUAUAACUUGUUUAGUGACACCAUUGGUGGUAGUGAUAUAACUUGUUUAGUGACACCAUUGGUGGUAGUUUUAUAACUUGUUUAGUGACACCAUUGGUGGUAGUGAUAUAACUUGUUUAGUGACACCAUUGGUGGUAGUGAUAUACCUUGUUUAGUGACACCAUUGGUGGUAGUGAUAUACCUUGUUUAGUGACACCAUUGGUGGUAGUGAUAUAACUUGUUUAGUGACACCAUUGGUGGUAGUGAUAUACCUUGUUUAGUGACACCAUUGGUGGUAGUGAUAUACCUUGUUUAGUGACACCAUUGGUGGUAGUGAUAUAACUUGUUUAGUGACACCAUUGUUGGUAGUGAUAUACCUUGUUUAGUGACACCAUUGGUGGUAGUGAUAUAACUUGUUUAGUGACACCAUUGUUGGUAGUUUUAUAACUUGUUUAGUGACACCAUUGGUGGUAGUUAUAUAACUUGUUUAGUGACACCAUUGGUGGUACUGAUAUAACUUGUUUAGUGACACCAUUGGUGGUAGUGAUAUACCUUGUUUAGUGACACCAUUGGUGGUAGUGAUAUAACUUGUUUAGUGACACCAUUGUUGGUAGUUUUAUAACUUGUUUAGUGACACCAUUGGUGGUAGUGAUAUAACUUGUUUAGUGACACCAUUGGUGGUAGUUUUAUACCUUGUUUAGUGACACCAUUGGUGGUAGUUUUAUAACUUGUUUAGUGACACCACUGGUGGUGGUUUUAUACCUUGUGUAGUGACACCAUUGGUGGUAGUGAUAUAAGCUAGGUGCCUUUCAAGUAAGUAAGCCUUAUGCUGGGUGCCUCUCGCCUAAGUAAUGUCAUUUUACGCUAUAUGUAUCUCUUUUAAGUCAUGAGUAUGCACGAGAUGCCUCUCAUCUUCACACACCAUUGUCAGUGUGAGCUCCAGAAGCCAAACAUUUGUUCGAAUUCUCACGACUUCAAUUAUUGAAACUCAGCCGCCUCUUCAGACUUGAUUUUUAAAAACAAAGAAGAUUACCUUCGAGUCCCUAGUCCCAACUUACAAACCAAGAAUAUUACCUUCGAGUCCCUCGCCCCAACUUACAAACCAAGAAAAUUACCUUCGACUCCCUCGUCCCAACUUACAAACCAAGAACAUUACCUUCGAGUCCCUCGUCCCAACUUACAAACCAAGAAUAUACCUUCGAGUCCCUCGCCCCAACUUACAAACCAAGAAAAUUACCUUCGACUCCCUCGUCCCAACUUACAAACCAAGAACAUUACCUUCGAGUCCCUCGUCCCAUCUUACAAACCAAGAACAUUACCUUUGACUCCCUCGUCCCAACUUACAAACCAAGAACAUUACUUUCGAGUCCCUCAUCCCAACUUACAAACCAAGAACAUUACCUUCGAGUCCCUCGUCCCAACUUACAAACCAAGAACAUUACCUUCGAGUCCCUCAUCCCAACCCCGCAUGAGUUCUCAAAAGGUUUUCUGUGAUCUCGCCAACUGAAAAAGAAUACAUUGUACAAAUUGUAGAUUUAAAGAGAUGUUUUUUUUUUCAUUAUUUGUCUGUAAUACUGCAUCUUUUUUCGUUGUCUUUUCUUAACAAUACUUUAAUGUAUUAUUAGGGUGUCACGUGACAUUUGCUUCUACAAAACGGGGUAUGGGCUCAAAUAAUAUGAGACCCUCUGCCUUAAGUGUUAUUCCAGUACAUAACAAUGGUUGUUGUUCCCCCCUCCCCACACCUUUUUUUCCAACCUCAGGGUUUUCAAAACACUCUCUGAAAAAACUGCCGAGCUGCUGGUGCCAGAACACCUCUUCGUUUGGCCAACUGAGCAGCUGCACGCCGAGAUGCGAUCCCAUACCGCUUGGCUUCCGAACUCCUGACAUUUUAAGUCUUACACAAACAUCCCGUGGUCCUGUAAACAAUGGAAUGAAGCUGAGAUACCCAAUCUGAAGUUGUUGACCACGACAGGCAGAUGGUCACUUACACUACUUACAGUCACGUGAUACUGACAGUCAUGUGAUACUGAAAUUCACGUGAUCCUGACAGUAAUGUGAUACUUAAAAUCACGUAAUGCGUACAGUCACGCGAUACUUACAGUCAAGUGUUACUAAGAGUCACGUGACACCUACAGUCACGUGAUACUUACAGUCACGCGAUACUUACCGUCACGUGAUACUUAUCGUGACGUGAUGCUUACACUCACGUGAUACUUACAGUCACGUGAUGCUUACAGUCACGUGAUACUUACAGUCACGUGUUACUUAAUUAUUUUUUUUUUCUUUGGACAAAUUAAAUCUGACGUGGAUCCUUCAUUUCAUUUUUAAAUACAUUUUCAUAUUUGUAUUUCUAAUUGCUUGUAAGUUCUAAAGAUUCUUGCAAGUUUUGAAUUUCUUUGUCCUAGACCGUGUUUUCAUUUUAUUGGUGGGUUUGUUAUCAUCGGUUUACAAAAAUACUAGAGGAUCUUGUGACAGACAUUGUGUUCUUUCAAAUAACUUUACCCAGAAAUUCCCGUUACUUGAGCGAGUGGUUAAAGACGCCGAAUGAAGUUAGAUGAGCUAGGUUUGAGAACCUCUUAGCAAGAAUUAAGCUGGCACAGAGCCGCUAUUUAUUGAAAGGGAGGCAACCUUAAAUGUAUAGGUUAUUUCAGGAAUAUAACGAUGCUUGGCUGAUAGAAGAGUUCUGCAAGUAUAACUAUAAUAAAAUCUCAAGAAUAGUUUCUGCACAAAGAACAAAUACAGUGUCGAGUGCGCCCAUAUAAUCAAUGUUGUAUAUUUUUGUUACAGACGAGACACAAUAAACCGACGAAGAACAGUUGGCGUUCAAUGACAGUAAACGUGGGCAGAUGUUCACUUUGGCAUCGAUCGAUUUUUGAAAAAUAUUUUCUUGAGCUAGAUAAUAAUCUCAAACCUCGGCUGAACUGUCCGCGUUUAGAAUGGAUGACGUCAUAUGAGUUGGAAAUUACUUGUAGACAUUUGUUUGGGUCUUUGCUCAAGGCCAGUUAUAGUUUAGACAUAUCUGUGCUUCUUGGUCGUCACACAAGAAUUAUGGGGUCACUUCACUUGUUAAUCGGAGGGUUACUUCACAUGUUAAACAGAGGGUUACUUCACAAGUUAAACAGAGGGUUACUUCACAUGUUAAACAGUGGGUUACUUCACAUGUUAAACAGAGGGUUACUUCAUGACAGAGUUCUACGUAACGACUGGAACGUUUGCUUGUCUGCCAUUAAAAAGCUGGAAUUUGUUUCGCCCGUCGAUCAAAACCCUGCCCUACCCCACUCCCCUCCUCAACCCCCCCCCCCAUCUCCUAACACUAUCGGUAUCAAAGCAAAUGCCAUCCAGCCACGGGUCUGUUUGAGGAAUUUCUCUGAUUCCUUCCCUCCCUCCAUCCUCCCGCCACCCCACCCCCUCCACACACACACACACACACACGCGCGCGCGCGCCCAGACAAUAAAUCGUACCAUGGUUUGCUUAUGUAACUCGGCCAAAGGUGUGCCUAGCAGUAUUUUUGAUUCAAUGUUGUACAAUAUUUGAAGUUUGAGUAUCGGCACUAUUAUGAACUAGAAAUAACGCGCCACACAAUGGCAGCGGCAAUGUGUGAACUUCCCAUCUACCAAAUCUACUUGGAAAAAUAUGCACCCAAUUUACGCACAUUAUAAGGUUCAAACUUGGUCUUAACUUCUAGGCAAUGUAUGCCGCUUGCCUAUAGACCACAGCGUCACAGUCAUACAUGCCUACAUGGAGGAAUUAUCAUUUGUGUUUUUGUAACACGUGUGUGAUGCUCCAAAUGUCCUAUUUGUGACCUUCCCGUUUGACUCAAAACUCAAAACUUACCAAAAUAUCCACCUCAAUAGAGUUGAUCCAUCAAUUUACUCUAGGGACAUUUUCCUAUGUUUGACUUUUUCUAGUGUAACGUAUCAUAAACACAGUUAUAUGUGUUAUGAUGUGUUAUGAUGUGUUAUGAUGUGUUAUGAUGUGUUAUGAUGUGUUAUGAUGUGUUAUGAUGUGUUAUGAUGUGUUAUGAUGUGUUACGAUGUGUUAUGAUGUGUUAUGAUGUGUUAUGAUGUGUUAUGAUGUGUUAUGAUGUGUUAUGAUGUGUUAUGAUGUGUUAUGAUGUGUUAUGAUGUGCUAUGAUGUGUUAUGAUGUGUUAUGAUGUUGUUACUUGUAGGGUUGUAAUUAUCACUUAUACUAUACUGUGCAUCCACAUUUUACAUACGUCCACCAUGUUUAUCCAAAUAAGUACCAGAGGAAUUACCAUUGCGACUUGUAUUGACUGAUGAACGAACACACAAUAAAACAAUAUCUCUGUAGAUCAGAGUCAAAUAUAAUCCUUCAUACAACUUCUUCUGUUUCACCAAAUGAGCAUUAAAUGCUAUUAAUAACUAAAAUGAACAUAACCAGCGCAAAAUAUAUAAAUCCCUGCAAAACAUUCAUGACUGUUACCCUUAUCCCAUAAUUCCUCACUUCCUGUUAUUUCUACUUAACAAAACAAUACAUAAUUUUACGAAACAAAAUUGAUAUCUAAAUAUUAGAUUUGUGACAUCUAUGUAUGACUUUUUUCCUUUUUUUCCCCAUUGCCUUUGCUUUAUUUCCUAUAGGCUUUCGUGACUUGUGGCUUUCUUUUUUCCUGUUUCCUUUUUUUCACAUGGCAUUUUUUCCUGUGGUAUUUUCCACGUGGCAUUUUUUCCUGUGGUCUUUUUUCAUGUGGCAUUUUUUCAUGUGGCUUUUUUCAGUUGUCAUUUUUCCUGUGGCUUUUUCUAUGUGGCAUUUGUUCCUGUGGGCUUUUUUCAUGUGACAUUUUUUCUUGUGGCUUUUUUCCAUGUGGCAUUUCUUCCUGUGGCCUUUUUCCAAGUGGCAUUUCUUCCUGUGGGCUUUUUUCAUGUGACAUUUUUUCUUGUGGCUCUUUUUCCAUGUGGCAUUUCUUCCUGUGGCCUUUUUCAUGGGGAAUUUGUUUCUGUGGUCUUCUUUCAUGUGGCAUUUUUUUUUGUGGGCUUUUUUCAUGUCGGCUUUUUGUUUCCUGUGGGCUAUUUUCGUGUGGCAUUUAAUAUGUGGCAUUUGUUUUUUGUAUGGUUUAUUUUCUUGAAAAGCUUCAACAUAAAACAGGUCCGACAGCGACUUGACCUACAAACUUUCUUCAUUCAAAGAUUGUUUUUUUUUUAUUUUCUAGUCAUCUACUAAUUGCCUCCUGAUUUCAUCUUCUGUAAUUCUUUCUCAUCCCUUCUCAUCCUUUCUCAUCCUUUCUCAUCGUUUCUCAUCCUUUCUCUAACAUGAUCAACUUCGUCUUCUUCUACGUCAUUCUUUACUCACGUUUGAUGUUGGUUUUAGCGGUAGCGAUGUUAAAGAUUGUUUUUUAUAGUAAAGCCUGCCAGAGUGAUCAAAUAAUAACACGCCUUGAGAUACGUCCCGAGGCGGUGGUGGAGAAGAUGCACUAGGUGUCUUCAUACCUCUGAAAUAUGUUAGUGAAGUCCUGCCAGCUGGAUAGUUUUAUCAGAGUUCAGCUCCCUUGAUUACGGGCGAUUUGCAGUCAGGUCGACUAAUUGAUUGUGGUCAAAACUUUGGUUGACUAAUUGACUGCGGUCCAAACUUUGGUCGACUAAUUGACUGCGGUCCAAACUUUGGUCGACUAAUUGAUUGUUGUCCAAACUUUGGGCGACUAAUCAACUGCGGUCCAAACUUUGGUCGACUAAUUGACUGCGGUCCAAACUUUGUCGACUAAUUGACUUCAGUACAAACUUUGGUCGACUUAUUGACUGCGGUCCAAACUUUGGUCGACUAAAUGACUGUGGUCCAAACUUUGGUCGGCUAAUUAACUGCGGUCCAAACUUGGGUCGAUUAAUUGACUGUGCUCCAAACUUUGGCUCUAGACCAAAACUUUAGGCUUCAAAUUGAACUCAAAGUAACAUCAGUGAGAAUAUACAUAUACACACACACACACACAAAUACUAGAAAUUGCGUCACUUGCUAGAAUUCUUACGAAAGCUAGAAAGUAUUCAAAAGUAAGCAACACUUUCCCAAUCAAUGGUGGGGUGGGACCGGCACGGCAGUGCACAUUUCAUCGGUGACGUCAGUUUCAAAACACAGAAGAUGGAGGGGUCGACGCCUUAGCUCUAACUUGAAGUGAAAUCGGGUCAAGACAUAAGCUAUGUUGUAACACCGUCUAUUUGGGUACCCUAAUCCGUGUUUUUGGCCUUCAAUUCUCUUGCAUCAUGUGAUGCUUAUGAAUUUUUUCUGCGUCCGAUCAGAAUUGAUUUUUAAUAUCUAGGAGGACAUCUAAGAAAGGCACCUUUUUUCUUUCAUCCAUCACCCAAAUUUUGAAAUAAUUUAUAGAUCUCAGCUUUCCGACAAUUUCACUUGUCUAACAAUUUCAGCUUUCCGUCAAAUUCACUCUCUGGUUAAAUUCGGACUUCUUUCAAAUUUAUGCUUUUCUCAAUUUCAGCUUUCUUUCAAAUUCAGCUAUACGUCAAAUUCACUGCCGGUCAAAUUCAGCUUCUUUCAAUUUCUGCCUUUCGUCAAUUUCAGCUUUCCUUCAAAUUCAGCUUGUCGUAAAAAGGACCUUUUGUCCAAUUGAGCUGGCUGUCUCAUUCAGCUUUACGCCCAACAUGUCAAUGUGGACCCAUCAUGUAUAUCUUAUCAAUUUUUAUUUAGUAAAAUGACAUGAUCAAAAUUAAUAUAUGAUGCCAAUGUUAAAAAUAAACUCAUGGCAGAGCUUCCUCUGCUAAAACACAAAACAUCUAUGUCUUGUACUCGUGCUAUCUACCAGUAAAAUAGGUGCACCGAGGCAAUCAAUCUCUCCACUCAGAUAACACUCAGAGAAAUGAGUGUUUGAGAUUACAGAGCCAUAAAGAAAUGGCUUCCCGGCAGCUCCGACGAUCGGUCUUGUACUCGGGCCAGAAAAUGAACCUAAAAAUAAACGUGUUGGUGGUACGGGUUUCCCCAAGGGGCGAUACAAAUAAAAAUCAUCUUUCAGUAAUUGAGCAUAAUUUUUAUCUCCUCCUUGGUAUACAAGGAGCUAAUCUUUAAAACUUGUCUAAACCUAACCGUAAGAUUCAUGGCGUAGUUUCAAAAAGUGUUUUAGCCUUUGAGUAGCGGAGAAAAUGUUCGUUUUCUUAUCAAGGUGUAAACAUGUGGUUCGCAUGGUCCAGUGAUUAUGUUUGACUUUAUCAGUGGCGACCUUAGCAAGUUUGUGCUACAGGCAAGAGCAAAAAGUGCCACCCCCCUUUUAAUCAUGAAUGUUGCUAAGUCAUAUUUAGUAAAUACUUACACUAGUCAAAUGUUUUUAAAGUGACAACAUUGUGUAGUAAUUUUGUGGCAUAAAUCCGAAUGAAGAAAAUAAACAAUGUUUUAAUAAAAAUUGACAAGAAGCUUAACUACCUACACACAUAUUCUAAAAUGGCGUUAAGAAUUUAUUAAUAGUUUGUUUCGUUGUUGUGUUUUUGUUGUUGUGUUUUUUGUAAUUUGAUUCGUGAUUUUAAGAUAUAGAUGGUUUUCCUGCUUCUCGAUAGUAUUUAAAAAAAAAUAUAUAUAAUUAUAGUUUUAAAUUCAAACUUUGAAGUGACUAUUUUUUCCAACUAAUUAUUUUGUUCUCGCAUAAGGAGUUUUAUGGAGUUCAUUUCAACUGAUUAUAUUUAAUAUUGUAUUCUCCCAAUUCAUAAAGUCAUAAAACAUUUUCAUUUUAAAUAAUGGAGGAUUUUCUUUAUUUUAAAUCAAGCCAAAAUAUAUCGAUAUAUUUUUGGGGUGGUGGCUAAAAGUUUCUACGACCUCUAGACCGUUGCGAAAAUAAUUAGAUAUCACGGAUAAGCUUUUAAUGGACGAUCAAAAAUUAAGGAUUAUUAAUGCAGAAUUUGAUCAUCAAUUAAAAUGGGGGAUGGGAGAGGGGGGACUAUGAUAAAGUUAUCUUUCUUUUCGAGUUAUGGCUCUUUGUUCUAAUUUGUCUCCCCUUGUUUUUCUGCGCGAAAUUAUCAGAACUAACAUGUUUAACAACUUAUAACACAACAAACUGAAUGCUGAGAAAAAUUUGAAAGUUGUUCUGUUUGUUCCCCCCAGCCAUCUGCCAAGUGUAUGUCGGGGGCAGAGAAGAGGAGAACCACUGUGAUCGACUUGUUAUACAGAAAAAUGCCAAAGGUUAGUGUUAAUAAAGUAUACGGUAUAAAGAUUGGUAUCCAUCCAAGUUAAAUACCUUCUUUAAGUGUCGCUAUAUUAUUUGUUAUGUAUCAUAUUUGAAAUCAAUAUCACGUUGCCAUUUGCUUUAUGGUGUAUUAUAUUUAAAGUCGAUAUUGCGUUGUCAUAUUACUUUAUACAUUUUUACAUUUUGCAUUGCUUAGUUCGCAGGGCUGAGUUCUGUACCUGGGACACGGUUGACGGGCAGACAUGUUGUAUGAGGCUUAGUGAGUUGAGGAUGCCCUUGAAGGUGAGUAUGGGCAGACAUGUUUUAUGAGGCUUAGUGAGUUGAGGAUGCCCUUGAAGGUGAGUAUGGGCAGACAUGUUUUAUGAGGCUUAGUGAGUUGAGGAUGCCCUUGAAGGUGAGUAUGGGCAGACAUUGUUUUUGACACUAGGGACUGGAAGAUGCCCUUAAGGCUAAGAAGCACAGGACCUAGUAAACAGUUGAAUUAAAUUUUAAAAUUUAGCACUUAACCUAAAUGGCUUUUUAAUGACAAGACUUUAUGCAAACUGUAAGUUCAAUUAUUCGUUGAAACAAAUAUCGAUAAUAUUUGAGAAUUUUUUAAAUGCUACUUAAACAACUACAUUCAACCAACACAAUUAUAAGCAUGACACUCACCAGGUGUCAACACAGAACGGAAAUGAUGACCCUAUCGUUAAGUCGCUCACCCAGCGAGCAGACGGCUUUCUCCUGCUUUACUCCGUCACAGACACGGACAGCUUCUGGGCAACUUCUGGUUAUUAUGACGUCAUCAUGGAACUUCGAAACAGAAUGGACACCCCUUUAGUUUUUAUUGGUAAACUGAAUUUGUUUAGUUAAAUGUUUUGUUGUAUUUAAAUGUCGUGUUUAGUUAAAUGUUUUGUUGUAUUUAAAUGUCGUGUUUAGUUAAAUGUUUUGUUGUAUUUAAAUGUCGUGUUUAGUUAAAUGUUUUGUUGUAUUUAAAUGUCGUGUUUAGUUAAAUGUUUUGUUGUAUUUAAAUGUCGUGUUGAGUUAAAUGUUUUGUUGUAUUUAAAUGUCGUGUUUAGUUAAAUGUUUUGUUGUAUUUAAAUGUCGUGUUUAGUUAAAUGUUUUGUUGUAUUUAAAUGUCGUGUUUAGUUAAAUGUUUUGCCUGGCUUCGCUGUUUCUUUACCUAUUGGUACAAACUCCAUGGCAUCUGACAACACACAAGCCUAACAUGAACGGAACACACAAUCUUAUCCUAAUCAAUAGGACACACAAUCCUAUCCUAAACAUUUGCCCACACAAUCCUACCAUAAACAAAUGUUAUAUAUUAGUUGUUGUUGUUUGUUUGUGGUUUUUUUUAAUCAGCAUAAGUUCCUAUCCAUGAUUUUGUUCUCGUUGCUAAAGUGUUGUUGAUGGUUGACUGAUCUACACCUUGUCUCAGUUUUCAUUCCUGGUUGCCAAAAAACCAUGAUUUCAAAAAACAAUCUAAUUUUGGAAAGAUGUCUUGUUAAAAGAAAAAGAAUGCCCCUAUGCUAAAGCUGUGGCCGUUUAUCAAUCAAAAUAAAAUUGGAAUCUCGACAGGUGCCCAUUCCUAAAGGGACCAUUUGAGUUAUUCACAUCAAUAUUAAAGUUUAAAUUUCAAAAUUAUCCCAUUUAAAAUGAUGGAAUCUGCCCUAAAUGUUGCCUUUAAAAUGUUUACUACUGCGACCGCCGGCACCAAAAAGACUCAAUCAUUCCUAUUUUUACAACAGUGAGUAUUUUAAUUUCGUUAAUGAAACAACAUAUUUGAACAUUUUCGCGAUUAAAAUCGGUUUUUAAAAAAAACAAAAAACAAAGCUGUAGUAUAUUCAUUAAAAUAAAAUUGUGGCCCCUAAAGAAAAGGAACGGUUAUUGUUCGUUUAAAAUGCACCGAUUACAUUGACAGGGAUCACGGCAGGUUAGUUUACCAAGUUUACCUUAGAUGCAACAAUUCACGAGCUCUAUCCUUUUAUUGUCAUUUCGUUUAUAGGGCUUAUAUCAGAAGAAGAGAGCACGAAAUUUCUGCUCCAUGGUCUUGAAUGGGAUUUGUUUUUAAAAAUUCAAACCCAGUCAGUAUUACCUUCUGGAUAAUGCAAAGUUCGAUCAAGAUCGAACAAUCCAUAUAGAAGCGUAUGCGGCAUUAACGGACAUGACUUACGGACAAAUUGUCCCCUUUAGACAAGAGAUAGAUAUUAUAACAGAAAGAUACAUAGAUGAAUAUUUGAAAUCUCAAUGAAAGCUAAAUUUACGUAUAUAUAUACAUCCAUAAUCAAGCUGAGCUUUAUAUAGUAGAUGUUCCCGAUUAUAGGUUAUAUUUCAACUUCUUGUUUUUAAAUAACCGACUUUAUUUCUUCUUUGGAAUUUUAAAAAAAUAUUUUUAACAAAUUUUUCUUUCCAUAUUUACUAUAGCAAACAAAACCGACUGUGCCAAACAGCAAGUGGUGACGUCGUCCAAAGGACGCGACGCCGCGUUCGACAUUGGGGCGUCUUUUUAUGAGACGUCCGUGAGGAGCGAUCCCGAGGGCGUCAAAUAUGUCUUCCAUGACGUCAUCCGACAGGUCCGCUCUGUCCGCUCACACGUCCGGUCACAGGAACAGUCGUGCACGCGCGUGCGAGGACUCAUCCAUCGUCUCAGUUUAAAGUCCAAACGGAAACGGUCUAAGUCGAGAUCUCGACAAAAACUAACUUCUUCAGAACAACCAGUGGACAAAAACUGACCUCUUAAGAACAAACAGUGGACAAAAAAAAAAAGACUUCUUCAGAAAAACCAAUGGACAAAAACUGAUCUCUUCAGAAACAACCAAUGGGCGAAAAUUGACCUCUUCAGAAACAACCAGUGGAAAAAACUGACCUCUUCAGAACAACGAUUGGACAAAAAAAUGACUUCUUCGGAAUAACCAAUGGACAAAAACUGACCGCUUCAGAAACAACCAAUGGACAAUAACUGAACUCUUCAGAACAACCAGUGGAAAAAACUGACCUCUUCAGAACAAUCAGUGGACAAAACUAACCUCUUCAGAAAAACUAGUGAACAAAAGCUGACCUCUUCAGAACAACAAAUGGACAAGGGUUUGUGAUACUCUGAUAAUAUUAUAAUAGUAUUACCGAGACACACUGAUAGACACACUUAUAGGCACACUGAUGGACACACUGAUAGAUACACUGAUAGACACACUGAUAGACACACUGAUAGACACACUGAUGGUUGUUUAGUGAUUAAGGUGUAAACACAUACAAUUCUGGUGUCUGCGAAGACAUUCAUAUGCUCUGAUGUUCUGAAUAAGUGAGCAUAUAUUUAUUUAAAGACAAGUGAGUCACGGGCGUUGUGGGCAACCACCCACCCCCUUUCCUCUGUCUGCUAGUGAAAUUAUGUAUUAUUGUUCAGUAGAGUUUAGUUGAUUUAUUUAAAAUAGUCCACUGUACUUUAAAUUAAAGCAGUGCUCUUCAGAUGUGUCAGUGUGAUACAUUGGUAGUUGUCAAUUUGAUACAUUGGUAGUUGUCAAUGUGAUACAUUGGUAGGUGUCAAUGUGAUACAUUGGUAGGUGUCAAUGUGAUACAUUGGUAUUUGUCAAUGUGAUACAUUGGUAGGUGUCAAUGUGAUACAUUGGUAGGUGUCAAUGUGAUACAUUGGUAUGUGUCAAUGUGAUACA